AUGCUUGAGCUCAUCUUCGGUAGGGCAAAAAUUAUGGACAUGAUGCUGCACCUAAGAGAAAGUGUUUCGAAGAAGAAAGGCGAGGCGGUCUUCGUCACUGACAAAUCGUCAGUGCCGAAGGUUAUGGGGCUCCUUCACCCUCUGCUGGUGGAGAUGCCAGCUCGUCGCGCCACACACCAAAACGACCAGUUCAUGCGCUCCGUUAAGAGACCAAAUAGCUGUACCGACGACGGUUAG